AUGUUUAAUUUAUUUGAAUCAGUUAUGUUUAAAAAGAAUUCGCCAUAUUUAUCUUAUCCAGAGAAUAUUCCAAGACACAAAGUGGAAUUAGUACCAGUAAAAUCAUCUCCUGAACAUGUUAUCUUGCUGGACACCGACGUUACAGAUUGGAGUAACUGGACAAGAAAUACCGGGAAAUAUGAAGGAUGGCGUCAACAAACACAUCCAAUUUUACAAAGAAAAAUUUAUGGUGUUUGCCAGAUAGCUCAAGAAUACAAUGAUAAUUGGCUGUACAGUCCACCAGUUUAUGUCAAUGAAGCAAAAAGUAUUACUAUCGAAAUCACGUUUACCAUAAGAGAAUGCAGUGAGCAUCCAAACUCAGAAGUGUUACAGCACUGUCAAGAGGUAUUGGAACUUCUUUUAAAGCAAGUUGAUGUAACAACAUCAGAUGAAAAGAAUCUCAACCAAACGCAAAAUUCAUUCAUCAAACUGGCUACAUUAUCGACAACAUCACAAAAAUCCAAGCAUGAUUCAUCAACAGAAGGAUUUCUUAUUGGUUGGAAUGUUUCUAAUCAAAACAAGAAUAAUUUACCUGAUUCAUCUUCCGAACAAGUUACUGCACAUAUCAGUAGAUUCAAUGUACAAAAUGAAAACAUUCAAAUAGCUAUCAGAGAUCGUGGAUCGUGCUCAACAAUACGACGAGUACGGUUAGGUUAUACGGUUUGCCCAUUUCUAAGAAAUAAUUUUAUUGAAUAUCCUCGAACAAUCACGGGGAAAAUAAUGGAAGGUUUAACUGUAGACGGACGAUGUAUCAGUGGUGCAGCAUUAAUUAAUCAUAAAGAAAUACCUAAGUUAAUAUGUCAAAACGAUGGAGUGUGGUAUUAUGAAGCAAUAAAAUCUUAUCGUUCCGGUGAAGAUAAACAUUUUAAUAUUUUCUCUAAAAACAACCCUUUAAAUCAUUUAAACAAACCUUGUGAAUGCAUGCCUGGUUUCGGUGUCCUGAAUGAAGAUAAUAUAAUGGAUCAAUUAUGUGAGCCGUGUGGAUUACACUAUUUCAAACCAACAUUUGGACCAUUUACAUGUCAACGUUGUCCAUUAAAUUCUCAUAAUCCUUUUCAUGCAUUAACAAGUCGUAGUGUACAGCGUUUUAAUUUAUUGAACUAUCGGCCUAAAACUUCAAAUUAUAAUGAGUCGAACCUCAAUGAAAUAGACAGUUGUGUAUGCGAUGCUGGUUACUACCGUCAUCCAAUAUUAGACAAAUCAGACUCAUCCUGCACAAAAGUUCCAUCAGCACCAAGAAACGUCACUGUCAACCUAAGUGAUCCAGCAAGAGUACAGCUUUCCUGGAAUGAACCAUUAGAUACAGGAGGUCGAUCUCAUAUCUGGUAUAUCAUAAACUGUUUAGAGAUACCGAAUCAGUCAUGUUCACCUCAUCUUACAAUUAUACCAACGGUCCCAACACUGAUGACAAGCAUUGUUCUCAUUGGAUUGAAUUUGGGUAAAUCCAUUAUAUUGAGCGUAAUAGCUACAAAUGAAUUGAGUGAACAUCUACCGCAAUUAGAGCUCAUUCAAUCAACUGCCAGUAUAACAAUUCAACUACCGAACCCAAUUAAUAUAUCAGUUGGAAGUGUUCAUUUCAAUGAAGUUAGACACUGGCAAGCUAACAAGUCAACAACACAUCAGCUAACCAUUGAUCCUAAUCUUUACGAUAAAACUAGAAAAAAUUCCGUUGAUAAAGUUUAUGAAUUUUCAUGGGAACCACCUCAAUUUGUAACAAGUAAAUCAUUUAUUCAAAUAUCACAGUCAGAUUACAAGUCACAGACAGCCGAUUUACAGACAAAUUCAUUGAAUGCAGAUUUCAGUGUAAUUGAAUAUCAAGUAUAUGUUUGGAUUAAUUCAUCAGCGAUGGAAUUUGAAGAUACUUAUUGGCAGAGUAAACCAGCGCUAACUCACUUUUUGUCCGAAACAUCAGUAUUUUUAACAGACUUACCACAACCUGGAAUAUUAGGAAUAUGGGUGAGACCUCAUCUCUCAGCUGGCUGGGGAAUAUUUAAGAAAUCAGUUUAUCGAUAUUCAAAUACUGAUGAAAGUUACCCCAACGAGGAAGAAUCAGUAACCUACGAUUCACUACUUAUGGAUAGUAAUUCAAAAGAUUCAAUAUCAUCAAAUGUUUCUGAAAUUAUUAAACCAGCUCAAACUUCUAAACGCUUUCGGAUACUUAUGGGUAUAUUAGGUUUAGGAGUAAUUCUGUUAUGUUCCCUUUUGGUUAUUCUUAUCUUUCUUCGUUUCUGUGCUAAGCGAUCUAGAUCUACAGAAGAAAAUACACAAAUGGAGACUGUUCUCGUUCCAAAUUCAAUGAAUGGUAUGACAGAGAAGCAUACACCAUGUGAUUUGCAACUUGAAGAUCAAGAUAGUCCAGUAGCUAGCGAACAUUCAACUCCAUUAAAAUCAACCAUGUGUGAUCCUUCACAACCAGCCAUUACAAUUCCCGAAACAAGCAAAGAAAUCGAUCCACGUCGGAUAAUGAUCAGAAGUACAAUAGGAGAAGGUGAAUUUGGUAAAGUAUGCGCAGGUGAUUUUAUAACUACCGGUGAAAAUAAAAUUCAACUUGUUGCUAUAAAGAUGUUACAUCCAGAUGUCAGUGAAAAAACACGUCAAGAUUUUUUAACAGAAGCGAAUACAUUAAGUCAAUUAGAUCAUCCAAAUAUUGUACAAUUGAUUGGAUUAGUCACUAAAUCGGAACCUAAAAUGAUUGUUAUUGAAUUUAUGGAAAAUGGAUCAAUGGAUAAUUAUUUACGUCGCAAUGGGAAUACACUAUCUAUGGAACAAUUAUUGUAUAUGUUGAGAGAUGUUGCAUGCGGCAUGAAUUAUCUCUCACGUCUUAACUUUGUUCAUAGAGAUUUGGCAGCUCGUAAUAUACUUGUUGAUAAAUUUAAUGUUUGUAAAGUGUCUGACUUUGGUUUGACGCGAAAAUGUGAUUCAGAUUCUGAUGAAGAUGCGUAUACAUUUACUGGUGGUAAAGUUCCAAUACGCUGGAUGGCUCCAGAAGCUAUAAUGUACAGGAAAAUCACAUUUGCCAGUGAUGUAUGGUCGUUUGGCAUCGUCACUUGGGAGUUAUUCAGUUUGGGUGAAAGGCCUUAUUGGAAUUGGACAAAUCAGGCAGUAAUUGCAAUGCUAGAGAAAGGAUACCGUUUGCCAUCACCGAACAUCUGUCCUGCCGAUAUAUAUAAAAUAGUGACUUCAUGUUGGAAUAGUAAUCCAGAUCAAAGACCAGAUUUCAGUUCGAUAUGUGUAGAAAUUAAUCGGUUUAUUGAAUCAUAUCUUCAGACAAAUAAACAAAUUGAGCAGCUGAGCACUAACCAUUUAAAAAAUGAUAAUACUUCUUUAACACCUUCCCUUAACGAUGAUCUGACUUAUUUCAUAUUACCUAAACCAUAUGACAGUAGUUUAAAUACUAAAAUUAAUAAUAAUACUUCCGGUAAUAAUAAUACGUCACAAAUUUCAAGAACUUCAUCAUACAAAAUGUACACAUCCUCUUCUUCAUCCAAUACCUAUUUCAAUAUAAAUGCAGUAAAUAUGCGCGGAGAUGGUUCACUCCCUAACAGUACUACAGAAUGUGAAAAUGAAUUAUUGCUGAAUGAUUUUAAAGACACAGUUCAGCACAACUUAACAGCAACACAUGAUACCGGUAAACGAGAAAAUUCUAGUUGUAGUCAAACCAAAUCUCUUCAAUAUCCAAAUAGUAUGAAUAGAAAUGAAUGUCAUUCAGACUUAAUAAAUGGAGCAUUUACUCUGUCAUCAAAACUAAAAUGCAAUGGUUAUGCAUAG